AUGGAAGAUACCGUUAAAGUUGUUAAUGUUGAUAAAAAUUCUACAGAUAAGCAAUCACUUGCAAUCGAAUUGGUCCAUCUAUUUGAAAAAAUAAGCUUGGCAGAGAAUAAUACUAAACGAGCCAAGGUGGAAGAAAUUACGAGCUGGUACCAAUAUAGAAAGCAUUUCGAAAAAAGACUUGAUGAUAUUUUACCCGAAAACCAAAGAAAUGAUAAGAGAGCCUAUGAUUUAGCAAAAAUUAUUGAUCCAUAUCCUUAUUUAUAUCUGGACUCAAAGAUUAAAUAUACUAAUACCGUGAACAUUGAAACUAGUACAAAUUUAGUGAUUGUCACCGAAUUCAUGGGAUUUUGGAUUUGGACGUCAAGUAUAAGUGCAGUACACCAGAAAAGCUUCUCAAAAUAA